AUGCCAUGUUAUGCAGAUACGAUUGUAAGAGUAAAGGUUGUUCGUCAAACGACAAAACAAGAAAGUGAUUUAAUUAUUGUAUGGGCUAUCAGUGUAUAUCCAGUAGGACGUGAAGAUAGUGAGAUCGAAAUGGUUUUAUUUGUGCCAAUUAAUUAUAGUAAUAGAGAUCCUAAAACUCAAGCUAUUUUUGAAAAGGACGGGUUUUAUUCCGUCGGUGGUAAGAUUGUACCCGGAUAUUACGGAAGUAAUAAAAGGCCAAAGUCGAAUAAAUGUCCAUUAAAAAUUUCUUUGAUCGGGAUUCCUCAAGAGUUACCAAAGGUAGUCGAAAAUGAUGAAAAUGCAAUUUUUAACGUGUUAGUAAAUGAUUAUGUUGGUCAGGAUUAUAGCUUUAUAGUUAAAGUUGCUUUUCUACAUUCUAAUCCGCGUCUUGGGCAUUUGAAGAAUACUGUUCGUCUACAUGAUUCACUUAUAUUUGUUGUUGGUCAGUUAGAAGUUAUUGAUAAUGAUUUUUAUAUCUAUACAAAGGAUAUUAAUUUCAUCGAUCUUAGCUAUUUUAAGCGAAAAAGUUUGGAUGAAAGUAAUCUUCGCAAUCCGUCAGAAGUGGUUAAUGUGACUCGGUCGAAACUUCUUUUUACGCAUCGUAAGGUUAAUGAAAACUUGAAGGAUAUUUCUAAAGUUGAGGGACCAUCUUUAGUGGUUUCAAAUGAUAAUUUAUCAUCGAUGAGUAGUACUUCGAAACGUGCAAGAAUUGAAGAUGAUAAUGAAUUUAACGAAUCUACAGAUGUUUUUGGUAAUAUAGAUAGUAAUUAUUCGAAGUUAAGUAAAAUUAAUACUUUGAAUGAAGUUUAUCAACAUGAUGAGAGUGAAAGUGAGUUAGAGCAGGAAGAGUGUGCAGAGAAUAUCGAGUGUAGU